UGUAUUAUCGAGCUCGCGCUCAGCACUUCAUCGCGAACACGACGGGAAAACGAUCCGCAUUGUUGUUGUUUGUUGUUUACCUGACAGCCUGCGGCAGUGAACCGAUUUACCCGCAAAGAGAAGCUGCUUCGGAUUAAGACCCUGCUGGACUUUUGGGGGGCAGAUCGACUCGUUUUUGGACGUUGACUCUUCAGUAAAUACUUAAAGGAAAAGAUCUCAAUCUGACUUCCGUCCAGUGGUAUCAACCUUUUAUCGUCCGCAGGCCGCAGACAAUGCAGCUGUUGCUGCUCCACAUUCUCCUCACAGUCGGACUGGCUGCUGGCUACCGAAGUCCCCUGAAUGACUUCCAGCGCUCAGAGGGCCGAGAGCUGGUUCCCACCUCCUGGAACUCAGCUCGAGUGUUGCUGUUACCGGGUCUGAACCUGGAGGACUGUGCGACCCGCUGCGCUCAGUCUCUGGACUGCAGAGCGUUCAACUACGAGACACGUCCAACUGUUUCCUGCAAACAUCUGCCUUGGGUGGGUGACGGGAGCAAUGCGGAGGUGAAGAGGAACGUAAAUUGUGACCUUUACGAGAAGAAAGUCUACGUCAGGAAAUGCAUCGUGGGUAAGGGAGAAGACUACCGAGGGAAAGUCUUCACAACACGAGGCGGACUCACCUGCCAGCAGUGGUGGUCCAAGUUUCCUCAUGAUCACAGGUGGACUCCCACAGCCACCAACGGUCUGGAGCUGAACUACUGCAGAAAUCCAGACGGGGACCGGAUCGGCCCGUGGUGCUACACCACCGACCCCGAGCGCCGAUAUGAAAGCUGCAACAUCCCCCAGUGCAAAGAUGAGGUUUGUAUCAGGUGUAAUGGGGAGGACUACCGAGGGCAGGUGGACCACACCGUGAGUGGCAGAGAGUGUCAGAGAUGGGACCAGCAGUACCCUCACCAACACAUCUACCAGCCUGAAAAGUACCCUGAUAAGAGUUUAGAUGACAACUACUGCCGUAACCCCGACGCCUCCCCGGUGCCCUGGUGCUACACCACAGACACAGAGGUGGAGAGGGAGAACUGUGAGAUCAGCAAGUGCACUGAGGUGCAGGUGGAGAAACGUCAGCGCUCCAGCUUCACCACCAACUGUUUCCGCGGCCGCGGCGAGGACUACCGUGGUAAAGUCAACGAAACAACAUCGGGUAUCCCCUGCCAGCGGUGGCAUGCCCAGCACCCUCAUGAGCAUCCCUUCUACCCAAACACAUACGAAUGCAAGGGUUUGGAGGAGAACUACUGUCGUAACCCAGAUGGGUCGGAGGCUCCGUGGUGCUUCACAUCUGUGCCAACGAUGAGGACUGCUCUCUGCUUACAGAUCAAACGCUGUGCAGACGACAUAGAGGCUGAAGAUUGCUACCACGAAAAUGGAAGAAACUACAAAGGAAUGGUCCGCAAAACUCGUAAGGGGAUCACCUGCCAGAAAUGGAACGCCAACACACCUCACCUGACCAAGAUAAACCUGAGUACGCAUCCUGAGGCCAACCUGACAGAAAACUACUGUCGUAACCCGGAUGGGGAUCAGCACGGACCCUGGUGCUACACCACGGACCCCAAAACUGAGUUUGACUACUGCGCCAUCAAACAGUGUGCUGGAGAGAAAGUGUCCAUGAUCGAACCAGCAGCGAAAGUGGAGUUCAGUGAGUGUGGGAAGAGGGAGGACCGCUUACAGCCGACGAGAAUGCGUAUCGUGGGUGGGAUUCCUGGGAACUCGCCGUGGACGGUGAGCCUAAGAGACAGGAAAGGAAACCAUUUCUGCGGAGGAUCCCUGGUUAACCCCAGAUGGGUGAUCAGCACCAAGCAGUGUUUCUCCUCCUGCUACGUGGACCUGCCGGGAUACUCGGCCAAGAUGGGAACCCUGUACCGCGAUCCUCAGGAAGGAGAGCCCGGGGUGCAAACUAUCCCUCUGACCAAGAUCGUCUGCGGACCCUCAGAGUCUCAACUGGUCAUGCUUCAACUGGAAUACCCGGCUCAGUUUAAUGAGCGUAUCUCUCAGAUCUGCCUCCCUCCUGAGCGCUACAUUGUCUCUGAGGGGACGUCUUGUGAGAUCGCUGGAUGGGGUGAGACAAGAGGAACUGGUGAUGAGACUGUCCUCAAUGUGGCCUACAUACCAGUUCUCAGUAACAAGGAAUGCAACAAAUACUUUAGAGGUCGUGUUCGUGAGAAUGAGAUGUGCACCAGAUCCUUCCAGGGCGGGGUGGGCGCCUGUGAGAGAGACUAUGGCGGCCCUCUGGCGUGUCAGAACAGGGACUGCUGGGUACUUGAGGGUGUGAUCAUCCCCAUGAGGCGCUGUGGACACCCGGGGCAGCCCAACAUCUUCAUCCGUGUCUCUGUCUAUGUUGACUGGAUCAAAAAGGUCAUGGAGAUGGCUUAAGCAGAGACUGCCAUCCGACAGGAACUGAUCAGCUCUGCUCAACCCUGAGCACCAGUUUUUUUACUUGACCAUAUACGUUUUUUCUUUCUCAGAUGUCUCUUUAAAACAUUAAAAACAUAUACAUUAAGAUGCACAGUCAGAUUUUAUUAGUUAAAACAUUAAGUAAAAACGUUGCUAUGUUCAUUCAGUUGUGGUGAAAAUGCAAAGACAGCGCAGCAAUUAUAUGAUCUGCUUUAAAUCAAUCUCUCCCUGCCUUUGCAUUUAUUUGGGUGCCUGAGCCUGGGUUCUCUCCGGGUACUCUGGCUUUCUGCCAUAGUCCAAAAGACAUGCCGGUGAGGUUAAUUAUUGACCCGUGUGUGUCAGUGGAUGGUUGUCCCAAUGUCAGCCCUGUGAUUGACAGGCGACCAGUCCAGGGUGUUCAACGUACAUUCAGUACUUACUAAGUUAAACAAUAAACAGAGAACAUCCAUAGUCCCAAAACAUGAUGCAAAACAACCAAGAGAAGAUUUACCAUAUGAAUACAGUUCAGUAAAAUUCUACAAUUUUUUUCGUUCAGCAUGUGUAAGCGAUGUAUAUAUUUAAAUAUAAUGCAGCUGUCAGAGGAUACAAAUAAAUGUAAUUGUUAAUUGUUCGGGUGUAGUACUUCUCUAUGAUUGUAACUUCUCCCAUAUAUUUUAAAUUGUUAUAUUAGAUUUUUACUAUUUAAUCAUUCAUUAUCUCUGCACCAGUCUCCACUUCAUGCUUGCCAAAAGGACGACAUAUAUGCACUGACAAAUAAACACCGCUUAAAACAA